AUGGCGUGGUCGUCACAUAAUAUCGACCCAGACGUUUUCGAAUUUAUCUCUCAGCAGGAAGGGACGACAUCCGGUUCCAAUUAUCCCCGAACAGCGCUUGGUCAUCCUGAGGAUACCUCCACAUGGGAUUAUUUGUGGGGUUAUGCCCAGCCGAACCAUAUGAAUAGCAACAAUACACAGCACUUUGUUGUCAACAACAGCGACAACAACGUUCAGAUGGUACCCACAUCAUCUCCAGGCUCCGCGAGCCACACCACGAGCACCACCCCUCAUGUGGCUCCUUUUGUACAGGAACCACCUUGGCAGGAGUCUCCUCGAUCCGAAGUCAUAGACAGUGGCGUCAAGAACGACGAAACCCCCAAGGUCCAUGAUCAGGGACGUGACCAAGAGUAA